GACGUUUACGGCCUCCCAUGUUAAUUGUAGUUGCAGAGGUAAACAAGCAGACACUGCGUGGCUUUUAAUCCUUAAGCGGGAACAUUAUCAAGCGAGGCGACAAUGCUUCUCCAAAAUCGAGCCAUCAUUGCGCUUGGUCUGCGCAUGUGCUCUACCCAUGUGUCAAAAGGACCGUUGGUGGAUGCAGCCAGACCCAGCUCAGAUAUGGCUGAAUUCCGUAAAGUCUUUUCCAAAGCUCAGCACAUAGCGAUCAUCACAGGAGCAGGUGUGACUGCAGAGAGUGGACUCCCAACCUUCAGAGGAAAGGAUGAGCAUUGGAGGAAGUGGAAAUCUCAGGACUUGGCUACUCCAGAGGCUUUCUCUCGUAACCCAUCUCGGGUCUGGGAGUUCUACCAUUACAGAAGGGAGCUGGUGUUGAGCAAGAAACCCAGCGCUGCUCAUUUUGCCAUAGCUGAGUGCGAGGCCCGGCUGAGGAAGCAGGGGCGCUCUGUGGUCGUCAUCACUCAGUGUAUCGACGAUCUGCACCGUCAGGCCGGAUCCAAACACGUGUUGAAGAUUCAUGGCAAUCUGAUGGAGACACGCUGUGUGAGUUGUGGACACGUGACCUUGAACAAGCAAAGCCCCAUAUGUGCUGCCCUAAAGGGCAAGGGCUCACCUGGCCCAGAUGUCGCUGAUGCCCAGAUACCUGUGGAUAAACUGCCAAGGUGCGAUAAAAGCGACUGCCAUGGCCUGCUGAGGCCAAAUGUGGUAUUUUUUGGGGAGACUCUUGAUUCACACAUUUUGACCAAAGUGGAAAAAGAGCUGGAAGUCUGUGACCUCUGCCUGGUGGUGGGCACAUCUUCAAUUGUUUACCCAGCUGCCAUGUUUGGUCCUCAAGUUGCAUCGAGAGGCAUUCCAGUGGCAGAGUUCAAUAUGACAACAACACCGAAAACAGAGUAUUUCUCGUACCAUUUCGCGGGUCCAUGUGGAACUACACUGCCCCCGGCUUUGGCGUGACAUGAGUCGGAGGUUUUUUUAAGGCCUGUGGGUCUGACUUUACAGAUAUCAACCAAUGGCGUCCUCUGCAGUCUAAUGCAAUCUAAAACUGUUGGAUUUCUUACAAUCUUCAUUCCAAAUAUUUGCCUUAAAAUCAGGUCAGCUCUUGGUGCUUGAUAAUAUUGUGUAUAAUUUAGUAUGUUAAGGGUUUGUGAUGGUUCUUGCAGUACUUGAAUUUGAUGGCUCACAAAACUGGAACUAGGAUACAGGAAAUGGGAUGUUGAAUGUUUUGCAUAUUUGCUGCUGAGAUUUGACCAAGCACUAUGGAGCUUGCAGGGAAUGCACUAUAUUAAACAAAUGGUCGUACUUUCUAGGGGAACAUACCUCCACUAAUAGUUAAACAUAUACUUAUUCUUUACUUAUCAUAUUCUCAUGGCUUAACAGAACAUAUUACCCUGGGUACAAGUGGAAUAUUUUUCACAGAAUGAGCAGGUGUUCAGGCCUUAACACAGUCUUGUGCCUUUCAAACUGUUUACACAACCUUGACCAAAUGCUUGUUUCAUACCUCAAGUUAAAGUGUUACAAGGGAACAGAAUUUGCUCUUGACCAGGACCUCAAAUAAGCAUUAUGUCCCUGUCAUGCUGUUUGACUUUGUAUUCUGAUAUCAGUAUGGUUACAUGUCAUGAAUUACCCAUUUAAUACAUUUUUAGACAUCCAAAUGCCCUUUAUGUACUAUAUGUGUGUCUGUGUGUAAUCACUGUUAAUGUCUAAAUGACUUCAAUCAGAUAUUUGAAUAUGUAAUUUUCUGAUUGAUUUGUAUCCUUCUUAAAACUGGCAAUGCAAGUAUUAAAUAUGUUCUAAUAAAACACUAAAUGU